CAAACAAAGUAACUUUGGUUUUUCCUCACUUUCCUUUCAAAUUAAUUUAUCUCAAAGAAAGUAAAUAAAUGAGUCUCAAAUAGAGAAAAAAAAGUUGAUAUUUGAGUGUUUAGAAGUUUGUGAGGAGCUUCACAUUAGUGUCUGAAAGCAGCAAAUGAUGUGCAAAUCGAGAGCAGUGUGGGUCGCUGCUACAGCGGCUUCGCUCUUUUUCCAACUGCAAAUUGGACCCUUGGGUCCUGCAGAGACGGCGUGCGUUUCCAGCAGCAUCCGCGUGGCGCGCUGGUGCGCUCUGGUGCGCGGCCAAACCCGGAGCGUUUGGAUGGAACAGCCAGAGAAGUUUAUGGUGGGCUUUUCAGAAGCGGCGGAGCAGAGAGUUGAGUGUCAGUUUGUGACCACAGACAUGAUAAAAGGGGAGUGACAAAAACACACACAAAUAAAGGACUUCAGGGGACGUCUAAGGUGAGAAGGUGAGGUGCGCGCUCUUCGGAGGCGCACGGGAGGUGGGUGGGAGACAGAUGCCCGGCGCUGCGCGCGUGUGGGGGUGGUGUCAGAGCACCGGUGGGAAAGAUUAGGGGGAGCACGCCCACCUUCUGAGAAGAGUUGAGAGGAGAGAGGCGCGGAACGGAAAGAAAAGGAAGAGUUGAGAGAGGAAGAGAGAUAGGAAAAAGACCUCGACGGAGGAGGAGGAGGAGGAGAGAGGAGGAGGGGGGGAGGAGAGCUCCGUCUCUCCCGGUGCACUUGGCAGUCUAGUUGCGGGCUGCUGUGCUGUUGCUGUCGUGGCGUAGCUGGUUGCGCCAGGCGGGGAACUUCACCACACUGGAGCCCGGAGUCCCAUUCUCCCUCCCGCGCAGUUCGGAGCUGCCAUGGCUCUCCCGCCAGGAUUUGCCGUGAUCAUGAUUCUGCCGGCCUUCCUGCUGCACACCAGCGGCCUGUACAUCGCCAGUAGCGUUGACUCCCUGCAGCAUGUCCUGGGGGAGUAUGGACUGGUGAGGCCAAUCAGUGUGGAUGCAGAGGGCCGCUUUCUGUCGCACGCCGUUUCAUCUAGACGUGCUGCAGCGGGGCAGUCCCGUAGGCGCCGGAGGAGGGAGGUAGGAGAAGGCGACACCGAGUGGGAAGGACCAAAAGGAGCUGAGGAGGAAAAGCUUUACUACAACGUCACCGUCUUUGGCCGGGAGUUCCACCUGCGCUUGCGCCACAAUGCCAGGCUGGUGGCUCCUGGAGCUAAGAUGGAGUGGCACGAUGACAGCGACAACAUCCGGUACACCGAGCCGCUGCAUGGCGAAGACCUGUAUGUGGGCGACAUCACGGACACACCGGGGGCGACUGUAGCUAUCAGCAACUAUGACGGCCUGGCUGGCGUGAUCAGGACAGAGCAAGAGGAGUUUUUUAUCGAGCCGCUGGAGAGGGGGGAUGGGGUGAUAGAAAAAGAGGAGGAAGAAGGAGGAGGCGGCCGGGUGCACGUCGUCUAUCGCUCCUCAGCUGUGAAGAAAUCACCCAUCAGCAAAGCAGCGGAGGGCCUCCACUCCAGAGGGGCAGAUCUGGGUGGCUUGAUGGACCUGGAGUCUCUGUAUCGCGGCGUGGAGCAGAGCAUCAACCACACCCGAGCAGGGCGAGUGCGCAGACAGAACCCGGACCGAUCCUACAACAUCGAGGUGCUGCUGGGCGUCGAUGACUCCGUGGUCCAGUUCCACGGCAAGGAGGAUGUCCAGAAGUACCUGCUCACACUCAUGAACAUCGUAAAUGAGAUCUAUCAUGACGAAUCUUUGGGAGCAAAAAUCAACGUGGUGUUGGUCCGGAUAAUCAUGCUGGGCUACGGCAAGUCCAUGAGUUUGAUUGAGCUGGGGAACCCCUCUCAGAGUCUGGAGAACGUGUGUCGCUGGGCCUUUCUGCAGCAGAAGCAGGACACGGGGGAUGCUGAGUAUCACGAUCACGCCAUUUUUCUCACAAGACAGGAAUUUGGCCCCACUGGCAUGCAGGGUUACGCUCCAGUGACGGGGAUGUGCCACCCAGUGAGGAGCUGCACUUUGAACCACGAGGAUGGGUUUUCCUCUGCUUUUGUGGUGGCGCACGAGACUGGACAUGUGCUGGGGAUGGAGCACGAUGGUCAGGGGAACCGCUGUGGAGAUGAGGUGCACAUGGGCAGCAUCAUGGCUCCUCUGGUCCAAGCCGCCUUCCACCGCUUUCAUUGGUCCAUUUGUAGCAAGCAGGAGCUGGGACGCUACCUUCAUUCGUAUGACUGUCUUCGUGAUGACCCGUUUGACCACAACUGGCCUUCACUGCCUCAACUUCCCGGUUUGCACUACUCCAUGAAUGAACAGUGUCGCUUUGACUUUGGCGUUGGCUACACAAUGUGCACAGCGCUACAAAAGGCGGGCCAGGCAGGAACACAGUAUCGAACUUUUGAUCCAUGUAAGCAGCUGUGGUGCAGCCACCCAGACAAUCCAUUCUUCUGCAAGACCAAAAAAGGCCCACCCAUUGAUGGAACCAUGUGUGGAAGUGGAAAGCACUGCUUUAAAGGUAAAUGUGUCUGGUUGACUCCUGACAUCAUGAGGCAAGAUGGAAACUGGGGCUUGUGGAGCGAAUUUGGACAAUGUUCACGCACCUGUGGUGGAGGGGUACAGUUUCGUACACGCACCUGUGACAAUCCAAGACCAGCAAACGGAGGGCGAACCUGUGUGGGAGCAACUUUUCAAUUCCAGAUGUGCAACACAGAAGAGUGUGAAGACAUCUACAGUGACAUAAGAGAAGAGCAGUGCCAAGCCUGGGACCACAGUGACAAGCACAACUGGCUGCCUUAUGAACACAAAGAGUCUAACAAGCGCUGCCAACUGUACUGUCAGUCCAAGGAGACACGAGAUGUGGUCUUCAUGCAGAAGGCAGUCCUGGAUGGCACGCGCUGCUCGUACAAGGACCCUCACAGUGUGUGUGUGCGUGGCGAGUGUAAGAAAGUGGGCUGUGAUGGCGUGGUUGGCUCUUCGAAGCAGGAGGACAAGUGUGGGAUGUGUGGAGGCGACAGCUCCACCUGUAAAACCUUUAAAGACAUAAUCACACGACCUGCAAAGAAACAAGGUUUCCUCAAACUUCUUGAAAUCCCCAGAGGAGCGAGACAUCUCAUGAUUCAGGAACUGAAAGCGACACCACACAUUCUUGUUGUAAAGAAUGUGGCGUCUGGGCUUUUUUUCCUCAACGGGGACGCUGACGACGCAAAAUCUUGCUCUGUCAUAGAGAAAGGUGUAGAGUGGGAAUAUGAUAACGACAACGACAAAGAAAGCCUUCAGAGCACAGGACCUCUCAGACAUGGAAUUUUAAUAAUGAUGAAAUUAAACGGGGAUGAAGAUGUGAAUUUGUCUUACAAGUACAUGAUGAAUAUGGACAGUGAUUCCUCCAUUCAGGACAACAUGUUAGUAGAGGACAGUGCGUAUGAGUGGGCACCGAAGAGAUGGUCCUACUGCUCCAAGCCCUGUGGGGGAGGAAAGCAGUACCUGAGAUAUGGCUGCAGAAGAAAAGUAGACAGCAAAAUGGUUCAUAAAAGCUUCUGUAACAAGUCUAAUCUGAAACCAAGGGGAGACAUUAGAGACUGCAACCAGAAGCCCUGCCCCCCACCUAUCUGGGUGACCGGAGAGUGGCAGAACUGCAGCAAACCCUGCGGGAAGACGGGGAUGCAGAUGCGCUCCGUCAGCUGCGUCCAGCCUGCCGAAGACAACACGACGCGCUCCAUCCAUAACAAACACUGCAAUGACGACCGCCCCGAAGCUCGGAGGCCCUGCAACCGAUAUCCCUGCCCCACACAAUGGAGAGUGGGUCCAUGGUCUCAGUGCUCAGUGAGUUGCGGUAACGGGACCCAGCAGAGGCAGGCGCUGUGCCACACCAGGGACAACACCAUCGGUUUGUGCCUGGACAGUAGACCGGACACCAUACGAGUUUGUCGCCUGGAUCCAUGUCCCAAGGGCUCAUCCGACCUCAACAAAAAUGGCAACAUUCUGAUCCAGUGGCUCUCUCGUCCAAACUCCAACUAUCCAAGGAUCUCCUCACGCCAUCGUUGUCGUGGAGACCGCUCUGUGUUCUGCCGUAUGAAUUUGCUGAAGCGAUACUGCACUCUACCGGAGUACCGACGCAUUUGCUGCAAGACCUGCAGCAGCAUCAACAUCAUUAAAUCUGCAUUUAACAGUACUAGAUCCACCCCUGUCACAUCUGUCCCACCCAGAGUUACAGUGUCCUCAUCUACCAGCAUGCUGAUGUCUGAUAUUCCUGACCCUCAACCAACCAAGGCUGUUGUAACCACAAUUUCACCGUCCACAAUCUCUUUCUGGUCAAUUACCCAUCCGUCUCCUUCUACCUCACCCACAAAAUUCAUCCUUACCCAUCUACCACCUACAGCCACCAUUUCUCCUUCAUCUUCGUCCAUUCCAUUCACUAUCAACACCCCUUCUCCCACAGAUCUACUGUGGGAGAGUUUGCCAAUCUCUGCAACAACAGCUGGAACCAAAAUGCUAACAGACUUUUCAACAACAACCAGUAAAGUAACAGCAAAUCCAACAGAAUUAUUCUUUAAAUCUACAACGGACAACAGUCAGCCAGAACCCAUCCCAUCAACAACUGACCCCAAAAAGAAAACUACACAACCAAAAACCACAGAAAAAGUUAGUCUUGAGAAAAUGAAUACUAGUGCAGAGGAUGUAACUCCAGGAAGCACAACAUCAGAGACAGCCAGUCCAGAAAAACAGCUUAUUAAAAAGAAAACUCCCCCAAAAACUACAAUAAAAAAAACAUUUCCACCCACAAGUACAGCAAAAAAGACAACCUUACCGAAAAUUACAGUAAAAAAGACGACUCCUCCCAAAACUAUCAAUAAAAAGACAACCACCCCAAAAAUGAAAGUCAAGAAAACAACUCCACCACCAGCGACAGUAAAUAAGACAACUCCACUAAAAACUACAGUUAAAAAGACGACCACGCCCAAAAUUACCGUAAAAAAGAUAACUCCCCCUAAAGUUGCUGGAAAAAAGACAACUCCACCCAAAACUGUUGUACAAAAAACUCCACCCACCUCGACAGUAAAGAAGACAACUCCACCUAAAACUGCUGUAAAAAAGACAACUCCACCAAAAGUUAAGGUAAAAAAGACAACUCCACCAACAACAACUGUAAAAAAGACAAUGUCACCCAAAAUUCAGGUCAAAAAGACAACUCCACCAAAAGUUACUGUUAAAAAAAUAACUCCACCAAAAAUUACAGUGAAAAAGACAACUCCAGUCAGAUCUCCAGAGAAAACAAACAAACCUGCAUUCAAAAAGGAGAUUCCUCCAAAGCCCAGUUCCAAAAAAACUCAUGUCAUAAAAGAAGACAAAAAAACAGAGCUGACUAAAGUUCCUCAAAAGGUCCCAAAGAUAGGACUCAAUGCUUCCUCGAUUGCACAUAAUUAUGAUAAUCAUAAUAAAACAAAGAACAAAACUACUAGUUUCAAAAAGAAAACACAGUUUCCUUCCAUCCCCAGUGCAAAGAAAGAAUCAACACAAGUGGGCUUCUCUCCCACUGUUUCUUCUACUGUGAAUUCAACAGUGGAAAGUAUCCCCUAUGCCCAGUCAGGGACCACGACCACAUACAUCAAUGAUGACCAUGCUUUUACAGUUAACACUUUACUGUGGAACAAUGGACACACAGUGACUGAAGCCACACCCAGCACCUUUGCUGAUUUUGUAACAGGAAGUAUCCCAUACAGUGACCCCACAGUGACAAGCAUUGCAAGUGCGAUGGAGACCAGCGGGACUUUCUCAAGUGGUUAUGAGAUCCCAGAGUCAGACGGUAGCUCAGGAGUAAUCAUUGGGGUAGGUGUGAUGGAUGGUGAUAUUUCUGUAAUGAUGCCAACUGUGAAUGGAGAUGACACAACGGAGUACUCCUCAUCACCAUGUUUGAAUGUGUUUGAGGACAUUGCCGUGAACAUUCCCACUACCCCAACAACUUCCGGUAUAGUUGUAGCUUCAACUUCCAUGGUAAUCACUCAAACAGAGGAAGAACCAAGAACCACAAGAACCUCUGUGGCACCUACCUUACGGUCUGAUCAAACAACGACAAAGGGCAAUGACAAUAACUCGGUUGACGUCCUUAACCACAGAGUCACCGGUUUGGACAGUGAUAUCUCUAAGAACAACAUUAUCCUAAAGCGGCGAGUCAACCUUAGAGAAAGAACCAGGAACAAACGGAUUCAAGAGAUUUUGGAAGAAAAGAGAAACUUUCUUCUCCGGAUGAAAAGAGGACAGACCCAACAAUAGAGUAAUUUUAUCAACACUCAUUUCUCUUAUAGAGAUUAACUAUUUUUCUCUUCAACUUGUGCCGAUGAUUUUUGCUAUACCCUUCCCAAAAGAUAAAAAGGGAAUCCAAAAAAUCUUUAUGUUAUGAGGUUUGCUGCAGGGAAAGAAUAUGAAAUUAAUAGAACUAAAAGCACAAGACCAGAGAUCCAACCCAUUGUUCCAUAUUCUGUAGGGUAUACCCACACUAGUCAAUACAUAUUCAAAGUAUGUUUAACCCCAAAGUACAACUCAUUUGUGAUUAAACAAACCAUUCUUAGCCUUAAUUGUAGAGGUGUGCAUCUGGUUAAGUAGACUCUGAUUUAUUAAAAAUCGGAUCUGACCACUUAUUUAUGACAUCAGAUAGGCUACUGCAUGCCACAUGCUGUUGCUCAACCAUAAUAUAAACCAAACUGUGAGAAAUAAGCUCUUCAACAGUGGUCCCCAAAACCUGGGCUCCUGACCACCUUUGAUUAGUAUUGAACCGCACAGAAAGAUUACCUGGUUUACAUUGUGUCUAUUUUAUUUAUUAUUUGAUUCUGAGCAAUGCUGUGUUUUGGGAAAACUACCAAAUUCUUUCCACCACAUCUGUCUAUAAUUCACUGUUGAUGCAUAUCUUUGGUCAGUCACGUCUCUUACCUACAUCCCUUCUAAAGGGCCCACCUUAGCCAGUAAAACAAUAUAUGUUUGCGAUAAAUUGAAACCUCCAAGCUCGAAAAUUUGACAAGAUUUAAACCUUUUUGUGAAGUUCCUUUGUGCAGUUACAGUGAAUAAACAAAACAAGAUUCUGCAACUUCAAAGACAUAGAAAGCUUUGUUUGUUUCUUCUUUGUUGAUUAAGGGUGAAGUUAAGGGAAAAUCUAUGUCCCAUUGAAACAUAUCCAAAACAAAAUCUAUUGUAUAAAGGCAGUGUAAAACACAAUAAAUCGAAUUUCCUAUUUGUAAAUAAGCAAUAAAUUUAUGCUCUUCUGCUUAUUGGCGUCAGUAUUUCAGGGCACCCGAAACUUUGAAAAUUUGACAACUUUUUUGUGGAGUGUUUGGGUGAAAGCUAUGCAAUAAAGCCAGAUGGUGACAAUUUGUUUGUUUGUUUUAAAUGUCAAAAGUGGUUGAAUGUUAUUUUACAUUUACUCAAAAAAGCCUCAGGAAUUAAGAGUAAAUUCAAGGGAAAGUGCCAAAUGUUUAUUGUCUAAAUUAUGGUAAAUCUUCAUUUUAGGGAAAUAAUUGCAAUAAUAAAGUGGUAAAACGUGGCGAUUUUUUUAUUGCAUUUGCAAGUUUGGUGCUUUUAUUUUCCUUAGUGUUGCUAAAAGCAUCUUCCUCACUCAUUCAUUUAAGCAUAACAUACUUCCAUUAAUAAUAACAAAUCAGUAUACCUGAGCUAGAGCUAUGUAGGAUUCAGACUGCUCUAUAUUCUAAAAGCUUCAGUAUGUGUGCAUCUCAAAUCUGCAGAAGAAGCAAAGCCAUCUCUCUUUCUGUACAAUACUUGUACAUAUGAAAUAAAGGUUCAUGUUUAGUAUUUAUUAAAGUUAUUGUGGUGUUUGGCAA